AUGACUUGGCCAUUCACAACAACAGACACAACCUCGACAGCAACAAGAGCAACAGCAUUGAGAAACCCACUCGACCUGCCAGAGAUCCGCCUCCUCAUCGCCCCUUACCUCGAUCGCGCCUCCUUACUAGCCUGCUGUCAAGUCAACCGCGCAUUCCUUUCUUCCUUUCGCUACGUCCUCACCUGGGCCUCUGUAACCCUCGAACGCAGCACACGAGAAGAUUUCCCCCUCUGGCUCAUCCAACAGAACGAACACCUUAUCCGACGCCUCGUCCUUGAAGACACACAAGUCUUUAUCAACGGCUGGAAGUUUCUUCAUUGUCGAAACUUGAAGGUACUGGAUUUGUGUGUGGACUCGAGACGGUUCGAUGAUGAUCAUGGACGACACCCUGCGAUUCGGGAAGUGGGCGCGCAGAUGCAGCAACUUGUUCGACAGAACCUGGGACUGGAGGAGCUGAGGAUUAAUUGGGCACCAAUGAGUUUGCAGCAUCGGCAGAUUCUGAACAGGGAAUUGGACAAUGUGUAUUCGUAUUCGAUUGUGAGGUUGACGCUGUUUGAGGCGACCUGUGAUGCGUAUAUGAUUAAUGCGUUGAUUGAGCAUUGUCCAAGGAUGGAGGAGUUGGAGAUAGAGGGGUACCAAUUGAUACCCCCAGGUGGGCUGCAGGUGGAGCUGGAGUUGAAGCAGGUCAGGAAGUUGACGAUGGCGAGGGUGGCGUGUCGACAUGGGCAUGUUCUUUUCGUUGGCCCCGAGGUUAGGGAGUUGAGGUUGCGGUUCUUUUUGCACCAUACGCUGGUGGGGCCUUCGUGGGGGUUGCCGAAACUGGAGUCGUUGUAUUGUGAGGACCUGGAGGGUGCGGUGGCGAACAGGGUUAUUGGGCAGUGGAAUGUCAAUCAGCUUCGCAAGGUUGAGCUGCGGAAGAUGAGUGAUUUGAGGGAGACUCUGACGUGUCUCGUUGAACGGUCUGAAGGGACGAUACGGGAGCUGACAGUGGAUAUGGAUUCGAUGUGGACGUUGUCGUUUGCGGAGAGGAGGGAGUUUUUGGGACAGAUGCCUCAGCUGGAGAAGUUGAAUGGGUAUCACCCGAGGUCAUGGGCAUCUUCUGCACAGAGCUGCACCAUUAGUUGA